CAGCUUUUAUCAAUGGCUGUGCCCAUAGCAUGGGAUUGUUGUGGAUUAUUUAUGUAGAAUUCAGCACAUAUACGUCUUCUAAAGACACCAAUCUCAGUUUACAACAAUUAAUUGAGUAUUAUGAAACGAUGGAAUAUGUUGUCACGAUAUCCCGAUGCGUAUUUCGUGACUUAAACAGGAGCGCGUGAGGCAUACUGUAUGAGUAUAGGCAAUUCUUCACAGUCUGAUCACCUUAUUUCAUUACAGAACAGCGAGAAAACUAUACAAACAAUAUCACAUUAAUAAGCAUUAGAAUUAGCCAAAGCUUAAAACAUUAUGACUAAAGACUGUAUAGAAGGAUUAAAUUAAAGGUUUAGAGCAAACUUGUAUUAAACAAUGUAUUAAACAUUUUUUUCACACGCUGACUUUGAUGCAAUCCUCUAUAAUCGCAUCAAAUUUAAGUUGUUCAAAUAAAGAAACAUUUCCAGCCCAUAGACGAUAAUUAAAAAUAAGUUUGAUCAUCUCAUUCGAGUUAUUCUCCAUGAUUGCGUGCAACGAUUGAAUAUCAUUAUACUGUGAACAAGAACGGGAGGUUAAUCACAAUAAAUAUGUGGCAUCCUGAUGUUGUGAAGUAGUUCCGCUCCCUACCACAGGAGGUGCUGUUGUCCUGCGGGAUUACGUGGGUGCUGUAACAAGAGACACCUAAGAAGCGUCAGAGAACGCUAUGGUGCAUGUAUGCUCUGUUCUGACAACCAUGUUAAUAAACCACCAGUGCAGUUAUCUUGUAUGAUUCAGUUCAAGCAUUACUGAAGAUAUUACAUAUUGGCGACGAGGAUACUGGAAGGAUGAGAGAAGUGUCAAUCUAAAAGGCGGAGGAUACUGACUGUGUUCAGUGAGCUGAUGGUGAGAGAGUGAGAGGCUAACGUUAGCAUUGGAUCGGAGGAUUCACGAAAAAAAACGCAAAGAUGGCAACGAUGAUAGGCACUCUGUCGGCUUUUGACGUGAAGGAGCAGACAUGGGAAGAGUAUUGUGAGAUACUAGAGCAGUUUUUUGAAGCUAACGGAAUUGAUGACGGAGAGAAGCAAAGAGCUAUCCUCAUCAGCGUGGUGGGACCAGCCACAUACAAGCUCAUAAGGAACUUGGUGAGUCCAGAUAAGCCCAGUUCGAAAACAUAUGGUCAGUUGAAAACUUUAAUGAAAGAGCACUUCAACCCAAAACCGAGCGAAAUAGUACAGCGAUACAAAUUCGACUCGCGCGCCUGCCAGCCGACGGAGACCGUCAGUGCAUACGUAGCAGAAUUGAGACAAUUAGCGCAUGAUUGCAACUAUGGUACUACAUUGGAACAGAUGUUGAGAGACAGAUUAGUCUGCGGUAUUAAUGAUGACAGGAUCCAAAGACGCUUGCUGUCCGAAACAGAUUUGACUUUUGAGAAAGCGUUCAAAAUUGCAGUGGCUGCGGAAGCUGCUAGUAAAAAUGUUCAAGACCUCCAUAAAGCACCGUUAGCGUGUAACAGCAUGAAGACAGAGGGUGCACGUUAA